AUGAAGCCUUUCCGGAUCAGACACAUUCACGUCUCUCCAUCUUUGGGCCGUGAAGAGUCUGUCGACUCUUCCAGAGCUCAUGGAGUAUUUCAGAUCUCAGCUUCUGACUAUGACGAUAUCGCCUCCAACCAUCCUCGGGCGAGGCUAACCUAUAUGGACGAGGACGAUGGAGACCAGAUCACGGUUGGAUCAUCUCUCGAACUUUCUCAAAGACUUGAUGAACCCUUGGUGGAUAGCACGCAUGGCAAUAUCCUUCUUGAAUCAGCCCAUUAUUCUGAAGAUGGUUCGAGCCCGAUGCACAUUUUUGACAUUCGUCGAUCAAAUUCUGUGACUGGACUGUGGAAACGGUUCGAAAAUCAGACUGGUGACAGCUUCCAGAUAUACGAAAAUGCCAGCGACGUGCAUGCAGUUGUUGAACCUGAGGCAGGAGGUAUCCUUGAACAAGCAAAGGCCUUGUCUUCCGAUUCUUCCACCGCUACCUUGGAUAAUGAAAAGGACUCUCAACCUCUCAUGGCAGCGUUUGAGGCUGAGUUAGCGCAUCUCCUACAAUCUUCGGAAAAGGCUUCUGAGACUAGAUCUGCGCAGCCUGAACCUUCCCCUGCCGCUGCAUCAUCGGCGAAUACUAACUCUCAACAAUCCCCACAUCCCGCGGAGGUCCUAGCUACGCAAAUACUGAAUCAUUUGCUUAAUGGAGCCUCCAUGGUUCAGUCGGAACUCAGAUCAAGACUGCCAGAGUUCCAGCGUCAGCUGCGUGAUCUACGUGAGGCUCAGACCAAUCUACCAGAGAAUGUUGGAACAAGACUUCAGUCUCUUAUCGCCACGAUCGAGGCCCAAAUGAAGAUCGCUGAAGCCCAUUUGAGGAACGCUUUCAAUAACAUACCAGACGACGGCAGACACCUGGCUGAAGAAGCAAUCGGAAGGGGCAUGCCCGUGGCUGAGACCGCUGCAGAAAGCCUGCGGGCCAUGGCUAAUAAUUUGAAUGACGUGGGACGAACUCUCUUUGAGGCGUUCGAGUAUGAACUUGGGCGAGCGGGGUUCCUCAAUCCGAGCACCGCCUUCAACAGAUCGAGUACCAUGCCUGGUGCGUUUCAUAAUGUCGCCAGCAAUGAAACUACGUCUUCGAAUCUCUAUCCGCAUGUCGCCGAGCCUCGUUCUAUGAACCCGACAUUCCAUGAGAAUCAAUCGACGGGCAUUCAGCCACCAGUGACAGAUCCUGGAGCCAGUAAGGAUACUACCAUAUCGGCUGCUGGUGAUAUUAGCAACAAUAUUGGAACAACAUAUAAAAACCUCGACCCUGAACUAGGAGCUCAUAUGCCCCCAACGCAUCCUACCAACUGGGGUUCUUUUCCACCAUGGCUGCAGUUUACACCUCCUCAUCCAUGCCCCCAGCGCUUUGGAUAUCCACCUCAGUUUGAUUCGUCCUCCGUCCAAGCUUAUGCCCCUGAUCUUCAACAGGAACAGACGCCAAGUGAAAUUCAAGUUCCUCCGAACAAUUCUUCCGUCAAGACAGAGGUACAAGCUGAUAAUUCUGAAACACAUACUUUGUUCAUCGGAAAUGUUGGAUUCAAUGUAACCGAACAAAUGAUUCGGGAUGUCUUUGCUUCAAAGGGAUUCAUUGUCAGUGUGGAUCUUCCAUUGGAUGCCGACUCUGGCAAACACGCCGGCUUUGGCUACUUGCAUUUCCUUUCUAUCCAUUCGGCCACUGCUGCUAUCGAUGCGUUUCAAGGUAAACAUAUUGAUGGCCACGCGAUCAACCUUGAGUUUAGCGACUACACUCCUAUUGAAAAAAUAGUCUCUUCUGCGAAUCCUAUAAUCAAUGCCAACUCAAGUGUCCUUCGAAAGGGUUCAAAGUCUUCCAGCACAGAACAGGACCAGGAAGCACCUUCCAACUGCAUAAAGUCUGUGACCUUUAAGGACCCGGGUGUUGAUACCGACGAGGUUAUUCCAGCUCCCCCACAAGAUACAGAUCCGAAAGCAGGAAAGAAAAAGAUGAGUCGAGUCGAGUCUCCUCCACUCAUUGACCUAUCAACGGACCAAAUUUCGAUCAACCCAGAGCUAGAGAUAACCCGAUUUCCGCCUGUUUCCCAGUUGGAGGCCCAGAUUUUUGCAAGCCAAACUCACAGUCAAUCAUCGGCGUCUGCUUCUGCUUCGGACGUAAAAGCAGCUUUUGCUGCAGACGAGGAAGAUACUUUUUACGAAACAUCUUCUGGUCCCAGUAUUCCCUCACCUCCAACAUUCAAGAAUCUUCCCACAAGAUCUCGCACAUUCGCUCACCCCCGUCGGAAUCUUCCAACGAACACCCCACCGACAUCCUCGCUUGGCCAGGGACACUCUGGUGGACAAGUUGAUUCUACUCUCCGUCGUGCAAACACCAUGAUGGCUAGCCCGAGUGUGAAUAAUUUCGAUACUCACAAUCCGAUGUCCUCGGUAGAUCGCCGUAGGCUUCACGCAAACGAGCGUCAUUCUCGGCAUGAUCCACGAGCCCCCAACGACGCUUGGGAGACUUGGGCGCGAUUGAAUAGAAGAGAACGCCGACGCUCGAGACCUCAUCCAGAGCGGGCUAUUCCAGGCAGUUUCCCCGUUGAAGAAACUCAGCCCGUCCCUCCCAUUUCCACUUUCGAGAGCACUAAAGAAUCCGACUUGAUGCGUUGUGUCUCCUCUCUUAUGGAAAUGGGCUACGGACCAGAGCACGGUGGGCCUCGUCGAAUGGCUGUGUACGCUGCUGCAGCGAAUGGUAAUCUCUUUGAUGCCAUUGAAAUGAUUGAAGAAGAACGGAAAGCGUAUGCAGGAUAUGGUGGACGCUAA